GAAAGCCCAGGAGUCCCGGCAUGCUGCGCGGUGGCUGAGUUUGAAACGGUUUGUUUUCCCGGCUGCAAAAUGAGCGCCCCGCCACUACCCCAGACUUGGCAGCUCUACCUGCUCGAUAGCCGCAUCUCUACCUUCCAGAACUGGCCUUUCACGGAGGACUGCGCCUGCACCCCGGAACGGAUGGCUGAAGCUGGGUUUAUCCACUGCCCAAGUGAAAACGAGCCUGAUUUAGCCCAGUGCUUCUUCUGUUUCAAGGAACUAGAGGGCUGGGAACCAGAGGAUGAUCCUAUGUUGGAACAUAAAAAGCAUUCAUCUAGUUGUGCCUUCAUCAGCAUUAAGAAGAAGAUUGAAGAAUUAACCCUCAAUGAGUUUCUGAAACUGGACAAAGAAAGAGCCAAAAACAAGAUUGAAAAGGAAACUUCCCGGAAAAGAACUGAAUUUGAAGAGCGUGCAAAAGAAGUACGACAUGACAUUGAGCAACUGGCUGCAUUGGAGUGACUCCUCUUCUUAAUACCUUAUCCCACAGCUUAAUCAUUAUUUCUGAGACAUGUUCUCCAAAUAUUAGUGUGGAAUUGCUCAAUGAUGCUUUCCAACUGAGGAGAACUUUGGGAAUUUGAAGUUAGAGUUUAUCAGCUAUUUUUUGCUGGAGGAUGAUGCCAGAUGCAAUUUGAUUCCAUUUUGUCCAACUAUUAUUUAUAGCACUGGUGACUUUUGUCUUUUUUGAGCUAUUUUUUCAUUUUUGUAUUUUUAUAUUGCUGCCUCCUGGCCUUGCUGGGUGCUAGAUGAACACCUGGGUAAGAAGUAGAAAGAACUAAAGCACUGAAUCCAUCUUAUAUUGCUAUUCAUGCCUAACAAACUUUCUCUUAGCUAAUACUGUUAUAGUUAGCCUUUGUUAUCUAGCUUUCUAUCUCUGGAUCCUGGGAUUUGAGUAAAAAUGUUCUGCACAUGGUUGAAUUUAUAAUCCCAUGGUAAAUAUGCUAGUAGUUAGUUAAGGAUGAAGUAUUUUUAUACUUUGUAUAAUAAUGCUUUGGAUUUAUAUUGUAUCAUUUUUACAUUGUACACAAAUCCAUUUGAAUAUUGGUUCAUUAGGCACAAUGGCCUUUAGAAAGUACUGUUGCCUUUGUUUUUUCCUAUCAAAGACUAUGAAUACUUCAAAUGAAAUCACAACACUUAACAAAAUCUUUGAAUGAUGCUAUAUGUUUUAAAAAUCAGCAGUCUGGCUAUUUGUAACAAUAUUUUUUUGUAUUAGUACUCAUAAAUACAUUUUAUGAUUCAACAAUCUCAAAUAUAGAGAGAUAAUGCCUUUUUAAAAAACCCAGCACUCAUCCUCUUAGUUGGUGUAUGUUUUUGAGUCUUUUUCAAAUAGCUGUAGCAUUGUAAGAGAUAUGAAGAGUGUCAAAGAGAGAUAUCUGUUUCCAGAACAAAGUAAAAUUGCUCUUCUGCUUUGCCUUCAUUUGUUAAAAGAAGCUAAUUAUAGUGGAAAAGUUGCACAGACUACAAAAUCAAAUUCCCUGAAGCAAGCUUUUUCCAGAGUCCUGGCACACUAUAGUUCUUUUCUCCAUAGAAGAAUUCCCAAAAUGCAUAUUAUUUUUCAUAGGGUGGCAAUGGGUGUAUUGAAUACUUGAAAUGUAUCUAGGGCUGCUUUAUGCUAUUUUUUUCUGUUAUGUUUUUCAGUAAUGUUUAAAACUAAGCAGGUCAGUAUUCAUUUAUUAGAGUGUCAUUACAUGCAUUUUCUAAAAAAAAUUGGAUUAGAACACAUUUUUUUCUUAUGUCAGAUUUUUUGGUACUCCCUCUCUGUUUUUUCUAAGGUCAUAAAGUUCAUGGCACUUGGGUAAAAUUCAUGAUCACACUCUUUUAAAGCUGCAGCAUCAACUAACAUUUGAAAACAGAUAAUUAGUGUGGUAGGCAUAAGAUUAGAAAAACAAAAUGAGCUAUAAUUCAUAUGUUCUACCAACACCUAAGACAGAAAAAGAACUUAAAACCCUAAGUGUGAUACAUUUUCAACUCAGACUUUUUCUAUGGCAAGUCUUGGUUUCAAUUUAACCAAUCUGGAAUUACUUUUUGAUGUUUAGAUUGAAAGCUGUUUGAGGGAAAAUAUUGUGUCUUAUUUGUUUCUCCCAGCAUUUAUCAGAACAUUGGACACAGGAAGAAUUAAAUAGAUGCUUUCUGAAAAGCCACCAUUUAAAUUUAUUCUUACCUGGCAUAGGCUGAGCCCACUUAAAUAGCUCUUUAAGGAAGGUGAGUCAUAAAAGUUUUUAAGUUAGAUAAAGGUGGGGGAGGUUGUAUAGCAAUAGAUUUGGAAAAACGAAAUAUAUUUCCAUUCCUAUUUUUAAAGCAUAGAGCAUCAUUCAGAGGGCUUCAUUUUUCUGUAUUAUAAAUUUUCUAGGACAUUACAAACUCUUAUUUAAAAACAAGUACAUUAUUCCAAAGCCUUCUAAUGAAGACCUAUGAAAUUUCUAAUAUGUAAAGAGAAAAGUCUUAGUUGGCAGAAGUUGCCGCUAUUAAGAAAAACCUACCAAGAGGCCAUGUGCUAAUGGUCUGGGUGUAGUGGAUGUUCUUUGUGUUUUUCUGGAGGAUGAUACUAAAAAGCUCCUAAAACCUGCUCAAUGAGUUAGUAUUAUAGAGACAUACCUAAUCUGUUUUGUCAAAUUUUUUGAUCUCAAAGAUCAAACCAUGCCAAUUUUCCUUUCUCAGUAUUUUCAAUUUUGCUACAUUUCUCUAGAAUCAUUGUCACCUGAAUAAAUAAUAGAAGAAUGAAUUUGGAAUAGCAUAAGCUUUUCUUAGCAUGACUUACCUUGGCCUUCCUAUAGCAGAUUAAAAUAAUUAUUUUAUCCACUUUCAUGAAGUUAAACAGUGCUACUUCAGAUCCUUGAGGAUAAUUUUAAUUUUUUCAGAGGAAUAAAUUAGAGGACAAAUAGAUCUCUGAGUUUUAAUUUUUUUUUUCAAGCUGCUUUUGUGGUUCCAUCAUAGUCUCCUAAAAAAUCUUUCUGAUGCUACAAUUGGAACUGUUGAUCAGUUGUUCUGGCAAAGGAAUUGAACUGGCCUUGGUCUGUCCUGUAAGAACCAUGUAAGUUUCUUGACUGAUUUCUGUAAAUGCCAGUAGAACUUUUUCCUUGUAGAAAAUUAGUUGGGAAAGAUGUGUUCCAAAGUAAUGGGGGAAAGAAGUGAAACAUAAAAAAUAAGUGAGAAUAGGAGGAAAUUCAGAAGACACAGAAGGAUUUUAUUCUUAACAUGAUAAAGUUUAUGUAUAUUUUCAAAACAAACUAUCCAAGAGAGUCAUGAAUUUCUUAUGUAAUCCUUUUCUCCUCUCUUUUACAUAUGGAAAUGUUUGUUGAUAAGUUCAUAAUUAAAAAAAAAAAGUUUAAAAAAAGCUUAAAACUUGAGGUUAUUUGCUUCCCAUCUUCAAGGAUAUUGCAAAGGUUUUUUGUUUGUUUGUUUUUUGUUUUUGUUUGUUUUUUUUAAUGGAAGAGGAAGGAAAAAAAACAAAAAAGCCACCUAAUCAGUUUCUUUCUCAUAAGACAAAAUGAAAAAAUAGCAGGUGCUUACUGUGCUAAGUCAGUAAGCUUGCAAGAUACUUAAUUAUCUUUGCAAGAUACUUAUGAGAAAGGUAACACAAUCAGGAGAAGGGAGUGUCAUAAAAAUAACAGGACUUGGAGAUGGCUGGAAAGUGGUGAGGGGUGUGGGGGGAAUGGAAGUGGGGAGUGGUGGUGGUGGAGACAGCAUGGUCUUAGCAAGAUAAGACUCACUAGUCAAAGAUUUAGUGACCUGUGGAUCUGAGCUUGAGUUUUAGCGGGGAGAGGCAGAUAGAAUGCAGUCAACAUGUCAUUGGACAUUUCACAUUAGUAACUUUCUUAUUUGAUCUAAUAAGGAAAGAAAAGGGAGAAAACAACUAUGCUUUAUUUUUUUAUUCCCUUUGCAAAGUGGGAAAUAAUGGUACAGUUCUUAGGGCUUUGACUAUUUUAUAAAGUUGACAUUAGAUAUGAUGACUUUAGCUUUUCCUUUUCUAUUUUUAGAAGAAAGUUAAUGAAAAAGUUAUUGAAAAUAACUGAUUCUAUUAAUAUCUGUUCACAUCUGUUAAUGAAGUCUUUAAUUGAAUUAGAUUAUUAACAACUGCAGUUUGUAGAUGGAUGCUGAAUAUGAUUCUUUAAGUAGUAUAAAUAGAAAUUGUUAUUUUUUGCUGAGGCAGUUGAGGUUAAGUAAUUUGCCCAGGGUCACACAGCUAGGAAAUGUAGUGUCUGAGACCAAAUUUGAACACUCAGGACUUUCUGACUUCAAGGCUAGUGCUCUAUCUACUAUACCACCUAGCUGCCCCAAAUGGAAAUUAUUUUAAAGGGGCUGCUGUUGUCAUUUGAGGUAGUAUAAGUUUGACCUCCUUCCCUAUCCCAUCAGUAGUCCAUGUUACCACAUAGAUAUGACACUGGGAAUAAUAGAAUUUGACUCAAUUUUAGGUUUUAUUGAAAUGACUUUAGUUCCUUUUCAAGUGAUGUAAAUUGUGUCCCCUUUGGCUUUUGGGGAGGCCUGAGGCUUUGUUCCCCUUUUGGGGGGAAAGUUUCUGAGUCUCAAACUCUCUUCUGAAAGAAACUCACCCUCAGGGAGCUCAAUUAUGUGGUCUCAUUCAGUUAGAGAUCAUGGCCAGGGAUAUGAUCAAUUCUGUUGAGUUGGAGAUUAGUCUGGAACCACUACAAGUAGCUCAAACUCCCAAAAUAAUCUCUUUCCAAUUGGAGAUCUAGGCCUAGGGCAUGAUCAACAAUUGAGUGAAUCUCAUUCAAUUUUGAAUGGAAGCCCAGCUAAUAAAAGACAACUCUGAACCCCAAAUAUUUGCAGAAGUCCUAAACAGGAUUAUGCUUGCCAAGGAAGCUGUCUUCUUAGCAAGCUGUCUUGCCAGAACUUUUUGCCUAUUGGUGAAGAUAUUCUCUUCUCAGUGUUUACCUUUGUUAUCUUCCUAACAUGACUUUUUGCCCACUUAGAAGUCUAUCUUCCUAGCAAGCUGGCUUCUCAGCACCAAUAAAUCCCUUUUUGCCAUAAA